AUGAAGAAUGGAACAUCCAGCGGAGACGAUGGAAUUAGCGCAGAAAUGCUGAAAUCUCUUUCUCCUUCUGGGCUUUGUGAAGUGACGAAGAUCAUCUGUUCAAUAUUGAUUGACGAAAGGAUAUCGGACUCGUGGAGACACGCACCUGCUGCACGUCUCUUGGUGGAUCUCGAGUACGCCGACGAUGUAAUAUUCGCUUCUAGCAGCGCGAAGUUACAACAUGUUGUUAACCUUGUAUCGAAAUUCGCUGCAGCCUACGGACUGGACCCCUGA